AUCAUCAAGUUUUGUGUGCUUUUAAAACGAUCUGCACAGUCUGGCAUAUUUGGAGGAACAAGAGGAAAUAUUAAAAGAAUGUGGCCGGAGAAUGUGGGUAUCUUAGCGAUUGAGAUUAUUUUCCCGUAUCAAUACGUCGAUCAAACAGAAUUGGAAGAAUAUGAUGGGGUAUCGGCUGGCAAAUAUACAAUUGGCUUAGGCCAAGACAAAAUGGGUUUCUGCUCGGAUCGUGAAGAUGUAAAUUCUUUAUGUCUCACGGUUGUUUCGCGACUGCUUGAAAGGCAUCGCAUUGAGCCUAUCGAAAUCGGCCGAUUAGAAGUCGGAACUGAGACUAUUGUUGACAAAUCGAAAUCGGUAAAGUCAGUACUAAUGCAGUUAUUUGCUGAUAGCAAUAAUACGGAUAUCGAAGGUAUUGAUACCACAAAUGCUUGUUAUGGCGGAACGGCGGCCUUAUUCAAUUCAAUCAACUGGAUUGAAUCGUCCAGCUGGGACGGCCGUUACGCUUUGGCGGUGUGCGCGGAUAUAGCGGUCUACGCAAAAGGCCCUGCGCGGCCUACAGGUGGUGCAGGUGCAAUUGCUAUGCUUUUGGGACCAAAUGCUCCUCUUACUUUCGAAAGAGGUUUAAGAGCCACACAUAUGACACACGUGUAUGAUUUCUAUAAGCCUGAUCUAAGUUCCGAAUAUCCAACAGUCGAUGGCAAAUUAUCGAUUCAGUGUUACCUGUCAGCCUUAGAUAAAUGCUAUCAGCUGUAUCGUAAGAAAUUUGAAAAGAAAUAUCCAUAUGCUGAAAUCUUAGGUUUGGAUAAUUUUGAUGCUCUACUAUUUCAUACGCCUUUCUGUAAACUUGUACAGAAAUCGGUAGCUCGAUUAGUGUUUAAUGAUUUCCUUUUAAUGGCGGAUGAGGCAAAACGUGGAAUUAUUUAUCCAGGCUUAGAGCGUUUCAAUAAAGCCACCUUUGAGGCAACUUAUUUUAAUCGUGAUAUAGAGAAAGCUUUUAUGACACAAUUUGCUAAUGUGUUUGAAAAUAAAACCAAGAAAUCUUUACUGGUAGCUAAUCAAGUUGGCAACAUGUAUACUCCCUCGGUAUAUUCAGGACUCAUAUCGUUGCUGGUGAAUUCAAAACCCGAUCAGCUGGUAGGCAAACGUAUUGGAGUCUUUUCGUACGGAUCGGGACUGGCGGCAUCUAUGUACUCAUUGAAAGUAACAAAAAGUACGGCAGUCUUAGAACAGUUCAUGGAAAAACUUGACCAUAUUGUGCCAAUGCUUAAUGUGCGCAAAAAAGUUAAACCAGAAAUAUUUGCUGAACUUAUGGAGAUACGGGAGAAAAAUAAUCAUGCUGCGCCCUACACACCAACCGGCAGCAUUAAUGCCCUAUUCCCGGGGACCUACUACCUCAAAAGUGUCGAUGAAAUGCAUCGGCGCACUUACGAACGCACACCGCUUAUAUCCAAUGGAGCACACUGAGCAUGGAACAAUUUUAAGGCUGCACAACAUCGUUAAAAUAUAAUAAUUUAAAACUUUGAUAGCUAUAGCAGUAUAGUAAUAAGCUAUCGAGACAUUUAUGUUUAUAAGUUUUUUUUUUUUUUAAUUUUAAGAAGUGAAAAUGGGAAGUCGGAGGUUGGGAAGAAUAUUGUAUAUAUCUACGCUUGUGUACAUUUAAGAAAACACUUUUAUAUUGCAAAUUGGAUUUUGAUUAUUGGUCAUGGUUUCUCAUCUCUUUCUAUUCUAUGUUUCCUUGUCUCUCUAGCAAAACGAACAUGUUAAUGAAAUACAUAAACUCGACAAUAAUUUCUCUUGCGUUGUAUCGUAAUAAUGUGAAAAGUUCGAAGAGCUUAAAUAAAUGAAGAACAAAAUAAAAAGAAA